GAAAAUUUUCUUAAAUAAAAAAAAAAUCAAUUAUUAAAAAAUGCAAUAUGCUAUCGAUUUUACUGGCUAUUACAUCGCGGACAAAGAAUUUAUCUUAAAAGAAUACUGCAUCGUCCCUCUGGAGGGCUUCAAAGUCGGAAAGCAUGAGUCUUAUAUAGUCAAGCCGCCAUAUUUGUUUUCAAAGCUAUCAGACCAUUACAAAAAAGCGUACUUGAACAUUUUCUACCCAAAGUAUGGGAUCACUUGGGAUGACGGCUAUAUUUCAAACGAAGAAGCUCGCGAGUCAAUUAUCGGAAAGUUAGUAUCAGCGGAUGUAAUUUACCUGAAGCACGCUAGAAAGCUAAAUGUGCUUUUGAAAUUAUUGAAACACUUGAUUGAUCCUAAAAAAGUUGUCGGGCUAGACAAAUAUGGACUCAAUUUUAGUGUCGAAGUUUCAAAGCCGCUGUGUUCGCAUCAUCAAGAUCCGUCAAACAAUAGGUGCGUUGUCAAGAAUGCAUUGACGUGCGCUUACUGGGUGUCUAAAACUUUCCUACCGGAAACUUCUAAAUCUAAUGUUGAAAGUUGGAAAAACAAAACUGCGAAGGAAUUGAUGGAAAUCGGACGGUCUGACAAGAUCGGGCAAGAUGAAGCUUUUGAUGAUUCUGAUGACUCUGACAGUGAUGAAGGUCCUCGACGUCUCGUUGUCAACUUGAAUAUCGUAGGGGAAAAAAAGAAAUCUACUGAUGACAACAAAGAACUCGGCAGUUCCAGUAGAGAGGAUGAUAGUUCGGAGCUUGUCGAUUUUGAUCGUGAUGCAACGGAAUCACUGUCAAAGGAUGUCGAUAUUAAGCUUGAAGAUAAUUUGAGUUCCAGUUAUGGAAGACUUGAAGAGUUUGACAGCGAGAUUGAUGAUUCAAUGACACUUGCGGAAAUGCAGAAAUUGUUUUAUGAUAAAAAUUUGGAUAAAAAACAGGCGAUUGUUAAGCUGAAAAAACUUGAUAAUAGUAUAUUUCGUAAAAGAUAUAAAUUUGGAAAACGGCUUUAUCUAUCGGAAUUGAAAUUGUGAUUUGGAAAUGAAUUUUG